AUGGCGGUCCUCGCCUUCACCCUGAGCGAGGACGGCAUCACCGCCUUUCGCGACGCCCUCAUCUGCCUCAACAAGUUCAGCGACGACGUGUCCCUUGAGGCGCGCAAAGACUCUUUUGUCCUCACCACGCUCAACAGCUCCAAGUCUGCCUACGCGAGCUUCAAGUUCGCGACCAACAAGUUCUUCUCCCGCUACCACUACCAGGCCAGCGGCCAGUUUCGCGAGAGGUUCUACUGCAGUCUCUACAUACGCGCCCUCAUCUCGCUCUUCAGGAGCCGCUCCGCCACGGACACGCAGAGGGAUGUCGAGAAGCAGACGCUCAUUGAGCGGUGCGACGUUGCCAUUGAGGAUGGAGAAGGCGUCAAGAGCCGCUUUAUUGCGCGCAUCGUCUUCCGGAACGGCUUAACGUCUACCCAUCGGCUGCCGUUCGAGGUCGCUGUGCCCGUGCAUGCCAAGUUCAACAGGCAGGACUCUCCCCAGCACUGGACCAUUUCCUCGCGCACUCUGCGCCAGUUGAUGGAUCAUUUCGGCCCGGGCAUUGAGUAUCUCGAUAUCAAUACAGACGGCGACCACGUCAACUUUACUUGUUUCAGCGAAAAGACGGUCAGCGAAGAUGCUGUAUUGAAGAAGCCCCUGCAGACAUCCAUCGCCGUCGAGGUGGAUGAGUUUGACGAUAUUGAAGUAGAAGAUAAGCUUCACAUUGUCAUUUCCGUCAAGGACUUCCGCGCCAUCAUCCAGCACGCCGGCAUCACAGGCAACGCUCUCUCCGCCCGCUAUUCGCUGCCAUCGCGGCCCAUUCAACUAUUCUACUCUAGCGACGCCAUCUCGUGCGAGUUUCUCAUCAUGACUGUCGGCGAGCGUGGGAGCAAUCCCGCUCAAAAGACGAAGAAGGGACGCAAGGCUGCCGCUCAGCCUGCAGGGCCUCGCUUGGAAGCCGCAUCUCGUAGGACCAGUGUCGCUCCAUCCGAGGCACCGCAACAGCCGCAACCGCAGCCAGCGGCCCACCCGAUGCCCUCAGGACCACUCCGACCUCAAGUCCCCAACCCAACUCCGCACCUCAGCGCUGCUAGAGCCAGCGCAUCGCGGAUAGGGGCGUUCGACUUGCGGCCGUCACAGAAGCCGCCUCCCCCAACAUUGCGCUCAGAGAGCUUGUUUGUGGAUGACGAUGGGUGGGAGCCGGUUAGAGACGAAGAGGACGACGGCGAAGAAGACGCAAGAUUGGAGUGGGAUCAUAGUGCUGACCCUAACCCUUCUACGAUGCAUAUGAGCCGUGUGGAAGAGAGGCCAGCCACCAUAGAGGAGCAGGCAGAGCCGUCGGAAAGCCAGUCGACGUUUCUGGAACCGACGCAGAAACUGUCAGAUGUCAAGAGCCUGGCACUGUUUCCCGACUGA